AUACAAACAAACUCCGAACCAGUAGUUCUGGUCACAGCUCUUGUUUCCACUCUCUCUCUCUCUCUCUCUCUCUCUCUCUUCUCUCUUCUCUCUUCUCUCUCUUCUCUCUCUUCUCUUUACAUCGUUCUACUUCUAGGGUUUGGUUAAUUUAUUAGAUUCAGUUUCUUCUUAAUCAAAAUAACAUAUCCUGUAAAUUCUCUGUUCAUGUGUUUGUAAUCUUUAACAACUAAGAAGAAAUGGAUUCGAAUUCGUGGAUCAGCUGUCCUUCUGUGUUUUCAUCAUCGUCUUCUUCACGGCGUUACCAAUCUCGUUCAGAUUUGUGUUUGGGAGAUGUGGAAGGAGAAGACGAUUCGAAAGCAGAGUUUAUGUGUCCGUUUUGUGCAGAUGAGUUUGAUAUUGUUGGGCUUUGUUGUCAUAUUGAUGUGAAUCAUCCUGUCGAGGCUAAGAAUGGGGUAUGUCCUGUCUGCACAAAGAGGGUGGGAUUGGACAUCGUUGGCCAUAUUACAACGCAGCAUGGGAACAUAUUUAAGGUGCAGCGAAGGAGAAGGUUGCGUAAAGGUGGAUAUAGCUCUGCCUAUCUUACGCUUAAAAACGAGCUUCGUGAAGCUAACUUACAGUCUCUUGGAGGGUCUUCUACUUUCACUCCUUCGUCCAAUAUAGAUUCUGAUCCUCUGCUCUCAUCCUUUAUGUUCAAACCCCCUUCGGCUAUACCCAUCUCUGAAGUAGACUCCGUAGCAGAAGUUUCACCUAGGGACACCCCUAAAAGCAACACAAGACAAGUAUCACUUUCAAACGAAGAUCAAGAGAAAGCGAAAAAGAGUGGGUUUGUGCGGGGAUUACUUUGGUCAACCAUGCUUGAAGACAAGUUCUAAUCCCUCUCCAUAUCUUAUAUUGUAAUGGUGUAACAAGAAAUCAUACAUUAGUCUCAAUGUAUGUAGCAAGGCCUUAUAGCAUAAGGGCAUGGAGAGUAUAUGUUGUAAUCAAAUGUUCUUGAGGUAUCUUUUAUGUCAGGGACUCAGAAAUAUGCCAAUGCUAAAACUUUUUCAGUAUAAAAACCUGGUACGAGAUUGAUAUAUAAGCCAAAGCUGUGUUUCAGUUCA